AUGUAUGUGGGAUACCUUCUGGAUAAAGAAAGCGGCAUGUAUCACCAGGGGCCAGUAAGAAGAUCAAGCAUCAACCUGCCUCCACAGAACUUUGUUUCCACACCUCAGUACCCUGAUUUUACCGGAUACCAUCAUGUGCCAAACAUGGAUACGCACGCACAAUCUGCUGGGAGCUGGGGGCCUACGUACGGAGCUCCACGAGAAGACUGGGGUGCAUACAGUCUUGGACCCCCUAACACUAUUCCUACACCCAUGAACAACUCCUCUCCUGCACAGGUCCCGUACUGCUCCUCUGAGUAUUCGCACAUGCAUCCUCCAGGAUCUGCGGUGUUACAGCCGCCGCCCGAGAACGUAAAUGUCGGACAACUUUCUCCUGACAGAGAAAGACGCAAUUCAUUCCAGUGGAUGAGCAAAACUGCGCAAUCAUCUUCCACAGGUGGGGUUAUGAUCAUAACAAAUUGUGCCAAAAAAACUGUUAUUGAGUUGUGUAUUUUUAAACUUUUCCUGUGCGUAAAAUUGUUUGGUUUUUACGCAAAGGAAAGUGGUUUCUGUUUUCUUCAUUGAACCUCUUUCGUUUGGCUGUUUUACGCCAUCAAAAUUGUUUUUUUUUUUUUUUUAUUUUGUUGUUGAAUCGUUGGAAUUAAAAUCUCGAGGGUAGAAGAUAGAGGGGAACUGGGAAAAAAAUCACCUGCCUUGUUGAGGUUCUUACCAAUAUUCAGAUACUCUGAAAAUUCAACAGAUGGUAUUUAUUGGCUAUUACUGAAAAAACAACAAACCCACAAUAACUUUCACUUACUGCAUCAAACUCAUAGCAUAACAGACAACUCCAUAAUUUGUUUAAUAUUUUCGAUGGGAAACCAGCUCUGUCUGUUUUCUCUUAAGUGGUGGGAAUCAAAGAAGGUGUGAGGCCUCGGCGCCAGGCCCAGUUGUGAUGUUAAUGUCAUGAUUCCUGGAGAUGUGAGGAAGACUUCCCUGUCACAUUGUUUGCUGUUUUCAGUGUUAUCCGUCAUAUCCAGGCGGUGGCCUUUGCUUUCAACACCUCUUCACUUUGAUAUGCACCAACCUCCCUUCCUCUCCCAGAGUUAUAUUACCGGAAAGAGUGACGGUUUUCACAGCCUCAGUCGAGGAAUGGAGCAUACUGUAGGCCCUUACAGUACCAUCAUAAAUCCAAUAUUGUUGUUUUACAGGGGCCAGGAAUGAGUUAGGGAAUUUAUUUGGGAAGAAAAGAUGACAAUAAAUUUCUGGAAAAGGCAUGUAAAUCGAAUUUAAAACAGAAUUUAUGAGCCAAUUUUGCACAGACUUCAUAACAUUAAGAGUUAAUAUACACUCAUUUAAUUGGCCUGUAAAAAAAGGGGGCCAAACAACCAACCAGUGAACCAUUUUUGCAGUCUGCUGGUGUUUAUUAUGCGCCUGUAACACUUUUUCUUAGUCUUUUUAACUUAUCUACCUUUCUAAUCGGUCCGUUUUUGAUCUGAUCGUUGACUGUUUGAAAUUCUUUGAACUACACAGACCAUCAAAGCAAGAAAAAAUCUCAAUUUGCGUAUCAGUCAAGGAUGUAAAGAGACGUGUGUUUAACAAGCACCUCAUAAAGAUGUUGUGUGCAGAUAUGAGCCGGUCCUGACAUGCAGCCUCCUGUGCGUAAAUCUCCAACAACUACCUUACGUUGUCUUAUGUUGUUGUUUUUUCUCUGUUUUAUAUCAUGUUUGCAGGUAAAACCAGGACGAAGGAGAAGUACAGGGUAGUUUAUACAGACCAUCAGAGGCUGGAGCUGGAAAAGGAGUUUCAUUUCAACAGAUACAUCACCAUAAGGAGGAAAUCUGAACUGGCUGUCAACCUCGGACUGUCGGAAAGACAGGUAAGCUAUGUCUCUAGUUUGAUUUCUUGUACAGAAAAAAAAAUUCUAUGUGUGAACGAAACCAGCAAAAACAUGUAGGCUUUUUUAAAACCAUUAAUUCAAAUAUCUACCCAGUAGGUGCACAAUUUUUAAUUUUAACACCAUUGGCUACUUAUGAGUCUAACAAUGUGAAAUAACUUGAAUUUAUGAAAUUGUGGCCUAUACUAUUGGUGUAAAUUAUGUGUCAUCUAAUUGUCACAAGUCAUGUUAUUCUGUUUUAUUGAGAAGGAAUAAGAUAAGGUAGCUCAUACCCCAGAAAAAGAAAAGGAAAGGAAAAGAAAAAAAUAAGGAAAAAUACUAAAAAAAAAAAAAUGAUUUACUUUUUAAAUUAGCAUUUAUUAAUUGUUAAAUUUUGAAAACGUUCCCUCUAUUUUAUCAUUUUACGCAUGCGAAUAUUCAAUAUAGCUGUUGUCUCACGCGUAAAGACCAUUAUUUUUGUUUGGGAUAACUCUCUUUCAUAGCCCAUAAAUAUUAAAUGUCUACUUUUUUAUCCACUUCCAGGUGAAAAUCUGGUUCCAGAACCGCAGAGCCAAAGAGCGAAAACUGAUCAAGAAGAAGCUGGGUCAGUCUGACGGCAGCGGAGGCUCGGUGCACAGUGACCCGGGCUCAGUGAGCCCUCUGCCGGUGCCGGGCUCCCUCUCCCCCUCGGACAUCCACGGCUCUCUGUACCCUCCUCAGGGCAUGAACACGUUGCCUUCUAUCAGGAAUAUACAACAGGUGACAGUGACUCAGUGA